AUAUGUUUGUAUUGAAUAACGGGAUUAUAAUUUUGCUCUUAUUUGUUAAAUGUUUUUCAGUUCACCCAAAUAGAGGUCAUAUAUUCAGUGUUGAAUGCCCCUCCUCCUGGACACCAAUGCAUGUCCAUGGACUUUUCCACAUGCUGAAAUCUCUGAAGAUCAUUUGGAUGAACAGCACCCAUCUUUAUGUUAUUCCAAUUGAAGAAAUUGAUAGUACAAUGUGCAGGAGACUCCUAAAAACAGUAAGGGCCAGCUGUCCACCAUUAGUACGUGUCAGGAUGUACGAUGACAGACCAACCCCUAAGCGCAAGUCUGAAUCAGAUGAUGCAAGCUUUACUGCAAUUGGUUCUAGUGAUCAUCCUAAGGAGUUCAAGAGGUUGAAAAGUGUAGGUUCUGAUCAGCUGUCCCAGAUGAGCCUAGAGUCUCCUGUGGAGGAAGAUCCCCCUGCAGUAAUAUGUGACCAAGAGG